AUGCAUCACGCGAGUCGCGGUCUUGUUGAUGCGGAGAAUCGUGUCGUGCUGAACGUAGGUGGGAUCCGAUUCGAGACCUAUAAACAGACUCUGAAAAAAAUUCCGGCAACCCGGCUCUCUCGACUGACGGAAGCCCUAGCAAACUAUGACCCCCUACUCAAUGAGUUUUUCUUCGACCGUCAUCCCGGAGUGUUCGCUCAAAUAUUGAAUUACUACAGAACUGGGAAAUUACACUAUCCGACGAACGUGUGUGGGCCCCUAUUCGAGGACGAGCUCGAAUACUGGGGGCUUGAUCCUAAUCAGGUCGAACCAUGCUGUUGGAUGACCUAUACGGUUUAUCGCGACACCCAAGCAACACUCGCCAUUCUCGACACAUUGGAUAUCGAGAACGAGAAACCAUCGGAUCAGGAUCUUGCGAAGAAGUUUGGGUACGAAGACGCGUACUUCAACAACAGUUUGUCUUUUUGGCAGACCAUCAAGCCAAAAAUCUGGCUCCUCAUGGACGAGCCUUACUCGUCUCACUAUGCAAAGUUCAUAGCGGUCAUGUCGGUUUUCUUUAUCUGUGUAAGCAUCGUGUCUUUCUGUUUGAAAACCCAUCCGAAUAUGCGUGUACCUGUGAUUGUGAAUCGAACCAUCGAACAGAGCCGUAAUCCCGAUACGUGGAUCCUGGACAAGGUUAAAACCGAGGCGCAUGCAGCUUUUUUCUACAUUGAAUCCGUCUGCAAUGCCUGGUUUACUUUUGAGAUCGUCGUGCGAUUCGUCGUGAACCCUAGAAAAUUGGACUUCGCCCAAGAUCCAAUCAACAUCAUCGACUUCAUUGCUACGAUGUCAUUCUAUAGCGAUAUGCUCCUACAAUAUCUAGCUGCUGACUUGGAGAACGCCGACAUUUUGGACUUCUUCUCCAUCAUUCGCAUUCUGAGAUUAUUCAAGCUAACCCGACAUUCGCGAGGUCUCAAGAUACUCAUUCACACCUUUAAAGCUUCAGCUAAAGAGCUGGCCUUGUUGGUAUUCUUUCUGGUGCUAGGUAUUGUGAUUUUCGCAUCUCUCGUAUACUACGCCGAGAGACUGGGGGUAAACCCCAAGAAUGAUUUCACCAGCAUCCCCGAAGGCCUUUGGUGGGCAAUGAUCACAAUGACUACGGUCGGCUAUGGGGAUAUGGUGCCGAAGACCUACGUCGGUAUGCUCGUUGGAGCCUUGUGCGCCCUCGCCGGCGUUCUCACGAUCGGUCUACCCGUCCCCGUCAUAGUUAGCAAUUUCACCAUGUUCUAUAGUCACACGCAAGCUCGAGAGAAACUCCCGAAGACUCGACGUCGUUUCAUCGGGGAGCCCAAUCAAACUUCCCGUGAGGGUGCUGUCAGCAGUGCCGAUCCUCAAACGGCUUCUGGAGCUGCCGCUAGUCGUCGCAUGAACGCGAUAAAGCAACGUCGGAAGGGUGCGGGCGCCGCGGAGCCGCUCCUUGAUCUCUAGCUCCUCCACCAAUGACACGAGAGGAGCACCGGACCCCUUGUGACAUAUCUUGACCCGUAUUCACAGAAGCCACUGUUGCGGAUCGUGUAAAU